UUAUUAUUUCCACCACUGAUAAAAAUGUGUCUGAAAGCAGAGGUGACGCAUGCGCACGUACAGUACGUGUAGAGCAGUCACGCAUGCGCGAUGCGAACUAGUGCAUUUCCUGUCAAGAUGGCGCUGAGCAGAGGAGCAGGGCUGUGGAGGACAUGCAGCAUGUUGUUACCCAGACACCCACUCCUGUUCCCCGCUGCUGCCCGAACACAGAGCUCCGUGAGCCGGGACCUGGUGCCUCCGACCUCCCUGUCUAGGCCGCCGUGGCCGGAGCAGACGCUCCUGGUCCCGGAGGAAGAGGAGCGGAGCCGACACGCAGCCGUGGUGAGCACCGUGAACCAGCGGAUCAGCCAGCAGGACUUCGGCCGGCUGUUCGCCGUCGUGCACUUCGCCGGCCGCCAGUGGAAGGUCACCGACGAAGACCUGAUCCUGAUCGAGAACCACAUCGAUGCGGAGUGCGGGGAGCGGAUCCGGAUGGAGAAGGUGCUGCUGGUCGGCGCGGAGGACUUCACCCUGAUCGGCAGGCCCGUGCUGGGGAAGGAGCUGGUCCGGGUCGAGGCCACCGUGAUCGAAAAGACCGAGUCCUGGCCCAAAGUCCACAUGAGGUUCUGGAAGAGGCACCGGUUCCAGCGCAAGAGGAUCAUCAUCCAGCCGCAGACGGUGCUGAGGAUCAACAGCAUCCAGCUGGCCCCCAGACUGCCAUGAUGAAGAUGAUGAAGAGGAAGACUGAAGGUUUAUUUCUUCCCAAAUGAUGAUAAAUAUGUAAAUGCAGGUUCAAAACCGAGGUGACUCUCUGGACUGUGCUUCUGCGCAACUGAGCCCAGUUGUCGACUUCCUGUAAAUAAAGCUUCAUCUUUUGCA